CGAUGGAGAUGGGGUCAACUAAUUAAGAAGCAAAUUAACAGUCUACCCCCCCAACAUACGAUUGGACAGUUUGUGCAUCGGCCGGCCAUGGCGAGGCUCUUCACCAUCGUCUCCUCCUCCGUCUUCGUCGUCGUCCUCCUCCUCCUCAUCAUCAGUGAAGUUGCCCAAGCCAUCGAAGCCACCGCCGCCGCCGGAGAGGUAGGCGACGGCAACGCCAAGGUCAAGAAGUUGUGCGCGGACACGCCCUACCCGGAGCUCUGCGCCUCCAUGAUCACGCGCUACGACGAGAGCAAAGGCGCGGCCGAGGAAGGCCUGGUGGGGAUGGCGGCCCUCACCUCCGUCAAGCUCCUUCUUAAUGCGACGAGCACCGCGAGCCCGGCCGUUCAGAGGGACAGCCACCCGGGCAUGAGCAAGGCCGACGAGAUCUGCUUCGAAACCUGCUACAAGGAGCUCACCAACGGCGCCCAAACGCUCGACAAGCUGUGCAAAAGCAAAGAUCAGGGCGGGGACUACUUUGGCAAGGUCCAGCUCCCCGAAAUCCACAGCUUCUUCAAGUUCAACAAGGAGUCGCAUGUCGAGUGGAAUUGCGAGAGGUGUCGCCAGGGGGAAGACAAGAAGAUUGCCGACGAUGUCUCCAAGAACAACGAGGCCGAGAAGGCCAUGGCUGUCCUCGACGUGCUCGCCGACAAAGUUCUAACCAAAUAAAA